CUAGGUAAAAAGCUUUGUUGUUACUUAGUAACCCUUACUGACGGCGUGUUUUCUAAUAAGGUAGGUAUACUUAUGUUGCUUAUCGACCGCACGAAAGUAGGUAGUUGGUUUAAUUUUUGUCGAGGUCGGUCAUUGUAAUCCUAUAGGUAUAUAUAACAAUGAAUGUAGCCAGUACUUACGACGUUAGGUGCGCAGUGCGGGGUGGGCAACCAACAAUCGACCUCAUCAUAACCACGCCAUUCGAGAAGCUGAUCUUUCCAGACGAUUACGGCACAAAGGCGAGCUAUUUCAAUCACAAAGUUAAGUGUUAGUUGCUUCAGUCAGUGAAACUACGUUCGAUGUGAAGUGAAAAUAUCUGAAUAACUAUGAAUACAAAAAUAUUAUUUUGGUCUGUAUUUGUGCUGUGUGCCUUAAUUUACGUAGAGGGCAGAAAAACAUCAAAAAGUCGGUCAUCCGGUUCGGGCCGCGGAACAAGUAGAAAAACUAGCAAUCCACAACCGGCACCAACCUCGUUCAGUUAUCCACAACCAUCAGCUCAAAAGCCAUCUUUAUCUGGAUGGCAACAAAAAACACAACCGGCUCAAAAAAGUUUGUCUACAUGGCAACAGAAGACGCAAACUGGACAAAGUCAUUCGUACCCUUCAAGUCAGACAGGGUUAUCUGGAAGUAAGGCCAAACCUUCAGCACCAAAUCAAGAGAGUAUUCAGAGAAGUCAGGCUUCUCAACAGUCCCAUAGUAAUACCCAAGCCCAAGGUUCACAUUCGUAUCCGUCAUCUAAUGGUUUAUCUGGUACUUCAGGAGCAGGAUAUCCACAAGGAAGUGGGCUUUCAGGUUCCGCUGCUUCGCGACCUGGCAACUCUGGUGCUGGAUAUCCUCAAAGUGGCAGUGUGUCAGGCUCUGGAGCAGUAAAUUCACCUGGAGCAGGAUAUCCCCAUGGCAGUGGCUUAUCUGGGUCCAACGGCGCAGUUUCUGGAACAGGAUACUCUUAUGGUACUCAAGGGAAUUCGUAUGCAGGGGCAGCGCCACCUCCAUAUCCUGGCAAUAACAAACCUUAUAACGGUGCUAACUAUCCUUCACAAAAUUAUGGGAAUAAUUAUCAUCAUCCACCUCCGCCUUAUCCAAAUCAUGGGUCAAAUUAUGGUGGGUAUGGAGGACAUGGUUUUUAUAACCCAGGGCCUCAAAGUCCAGGCUACUUUGGUAAUUAUGGAAAUAAUGGGUUUGGAGGAGUAAGUCGUACAAGCAGCGCCUUAAAAGGUGUCGGAAUUGCAGGUGCCGGUGUCGGCACAUUAUUGACGGGACUAGCAUUAUGGAAUCUAGCUCGUUCCACCGGACAUCACCACCAUACAGUUAUUUACGACAACAGAGGGCAACCGGUGGCUGUAGCGCCUGCAAACAAUACGGAGCCUGUAGAAGAUUCAUUUUUAAAAGAUUUGGUAAAUUGUAGUCUUACAAUUUCAAGUGACAAUGUAACAGAAGUGUUAGCAAUACCUUGUGCAAUUGCUUCAUCUUUUUCACCUGAUGCCGAUGUUAAGGAAGUCCAAACAAGUGACGGUAAGUCAGACAAUACUAAAUGUAUCGUAACGGUUCUUACUAAGACCGGUAAAGAAUAUAUGACAACAAUUCCUUGUGCCACUCUCUUAAAUACGGCAGCUGAGAAUAAUGUUACCGAGCCUCCAAUAUCAAGUAUUGGAAAAGAUGUUAUUAACGGCACAAUAGUUAGCCCUGAUGGAACGUUGACUGCAAAUCAACCCCCAGCUAUGGCUUUCUCUAGCAUUACGCCUGAUAUUAGUACUCCUUCUGCAAUAAACUGUACUUCCGAACCUGGUGAUGUUCGUGAUCCAAUUAACCCAUGUUUUGCUGUAACAACCGAUUUAACAGUAAUGCCACUACAAACAACUGAUAAUCCUAAAGAAAGUAAACAGUAAAUUUUCUUUACAAUUGUAAAAGAAAUGACGUGGGACAAGUGUGGAAAAAUGUAGUUUUACUCUUACAACUCUAAGGUGUGGAAAUUUGUAACACAUUGUUUUAUACUGGUUGUUACCUAGAUUAUUGUGUUUAUUUUUUAAUAUCAAAUGAUUAUCAACAUAUCGUUUUAGAAAUUAUAUGUAUGAAUCUAAUAUCUAAGUACUCAUUGUUUUUUUGCCCUUUUGAUUGCGCCCAUCUUAGUAUAUUAUGUUUUAGGUAAGAAAGAAAACAUUUUUUUACGUAAGUAUUAAUAUAAUAAUAUAAAACAAGUCAAGAUAAGUUUAAAAUACAAAAGUGGGAAGUAGAUGUUUAUUCUGAUUUCGAAAAACUACUUGACUAUUUUGAUUGGUUAUGUGUUUGUGUACCGAUGUAAAAUUGGGGAUAGGUGCGUAAUGUGUAAAUGUAUGAUCAAACCUUACUUACAAACCUAUAUUGAAAAGUACCAAAAAAUCUUUUGUUAAAAUUAUUAUCUUUAAGUAAGUAAAGAUAAUAUUUUUCUAUAUUUUAUAUUAUUUUAAUAAAUGCAAUCCCACCUAAGUACAUAUUUGUUUUAUUUAUUGACAAUAUAAAUAAAAAAUAUUAUUAUUCCAUUUAAUUUUCCAUGUCAUUUGAGACUGGUCCUCCAUUUCAUUCAUUGGCAUA